AUGACAGUAGGAUCAGCAUCCAUUCCUGGUGCCCGCACUGCCUUUUUGGAGCUAAUUACCUAUGGGACCCUCCCUAAGCCUGUACUCAGAGCACAGCCAGACCUCGUGGUCUCCAAACAGACUAAUGUGACCUUCUUGUGUGAGGGUACAACAGGAGCCAAAGAGUACUCUAUCUACAAAGACGGAAGUCAAUAUACACGGUUCACACAGAUUCUCCUAAAGUCUGGGAACAAGGCUGAAUUCUCCAUCACAAAAACUGAGCAGCACCACGCAGGGAGAUAUCAAUGUCGCUAUCGGACCCAUGAUGGAUGGUCUGAGUACAGUGAGUCCUUGGAGCUUGUGGUGACAGGAGCACACAGUAAACCCAGCCUGUCAGCCCAGCCCAGCCCUGUGGUGACUGAAGGAGGGAAGGUCACCCUCCAAUGUGACUCAUGGGAGGAAUAUGACAGGUUCAUUCUGACUAAGGAAGGACCACAGAAGCUCUCCUGGAUGCUGGGCUCACAGUAUAAUUCCUCAACUGGACAAUUCCAGGCUCUAUUCUCUGUGGGCCCUGUGAUCUCCAGUCAAAGAUGGAUAUUCCAAUGCUACAGCAAUGACCUGAACAGACCACAGGUGUGGUCAGAACCUAGUGAUCCCCUGGAGCUCCUGCUCUCAGGUAACCUCCACAAACCCACCAUCAAGGCUGAGCCAGGCUCUGUGAUUGCCUCCAGGAGUGCCGUGACCAUCUGGUGUCAGGGGAGCCUAGAUGCAGAAAUAUAUGUUCUGCAUAAAGAGGGAAGCCCAGAAUCCUGGGGCACACAGACCCCAGAGAAGCCUGAGAACAAGGCCAAGUUCUCCAUCCCUUCUGUGACACAGCAACAUGGGGGACAAUAUCGCUGUUACUGUUACAGCUCAGCUGGCUGGUCAGAGCGCAGUGACCCCCUGGAACUUGUGGUGACAGGAAUCUACAGAAAUAAACCGAUCCUGUCAGCCCUGCCUGGCAAUGUGGCAACCACAGGAGGAAACAUGACUCUCCAGUGUGUUUCAUUGAGGACAUAUGACAAGUUCAUUCUCUCCAAGGAAGAUGAGAAGUUCUCCAGCUCCCUGGACUCACAGUAUAUACGCCAUAAUGGGUACUACCAAGCCAUGUUCUCUAUGGGUCCUGUGACCCCAGUACACAGAGGAACAUUCAGAUGUUAUGGCUACUACAAGGAUACCCCACAGUUCUGGUCAGUACCCAGUGACCCUCUGGAAAUACACUUCUCAGGGCUGUCCAAGAAACCCUCCCUUUUAAGUCACCAAGGCCAUAUCCUGGACCCUGGAAAGAGUCUCACAUUGCAGUGUUGCUCAGACAUCAACUAUGAUAGAUUUCUUCUGUACAAGGUGGGCACAACUAACUUCACCCAGCAUCAUCACAAAUGGACCGAGGCUGGUCUCUCCUUGGCCAACUUCACACUGGGCUCUGUGAACAGCUCUACUGGAGGCCAAUACAGAUGCUAUGGUGCACACAACCUCUCCUCUGAGUGGUCAGCCUCCAGUGACACCUUGGACAUUCUGAUCUCAGGACAGCUUUUCUUCCCUGCUUUCCUCUCAGUGAAGCCUAACUCAACAGUACAUCCAGGAGACAACGUGACCCUUCUGUGUUGGUCAAGAGAAAGAGUGAACACUUUCAUUCUGUACAAGGAGGAGGCAGUCCAUCAAACCCAGCGACUAAAAUCAAAGGUCCAAGAUCAGCACUUCCAGGCAGAAUUCUCCAUGAGUGCUGUGACCUCUGCCCUUUCAGGAAGCUACAGUGCCCCCGUGGAGCUCAUUGUCUCAGGACCCAUUGGAGCCUCCAGCCCACCACCCUCAAGGCCCAUGACAACAGCUGGUUUGGAAAAAUACCUCCAGGCUCUGAUUGGAGCAUCUGUGGCCUUCCUCCUGUUGCUCUUCAUCCUCAUCUUCCUCCUCAGGCAAAGGAAACAGGGCAAAUGCAGGAAGGAAGCCCAGAAAGAGACAGAAUUGCAACUUCCUGCAGGAGCUGCAGAGCCAGUAAACAGGAACAGAGGUCCCCAGAAUAGAUCCAACUCAGCUGCUGACACCCAGGAAGAAAACCUUUAUGCUUCAGUGGAGAAAAUGCAGCCUGAGCAUGGUGUGGAGCUGGACAGUUGGAGACCAACUGAGGCAGGCCCCUUGGGUGAUAUACAUGCCAAGGUGAAACCCUCCAGGCUCAGGAGGGCAGGAGCUGUCCUACCUUCUGUCAUGUUAGGAGAAGUCCUGGACACAAAAGAUGGACAAGCAGAAAAGGACAGAGUGAUGGACACUCAGGCUGCACAAUCUGAAGAGCCCCAGGAAGUGACCAAUGCCCAGCUGUGCAACAUGAAGCUCAGACAGGAGACAGCUGCACCCCCUCCCUCGCAGGCAGGGAAUGUCCCAGAGGAGCCAGUCUAUAUACUGGUUUUGCAGUAA